GGAGACCGGGAGAGAAAGACAAUCCUGUCUCUAUCGCGAACCGGUUUUUGGUUUUCUUUAGCCCGUCUGAGGGAACCGAAAUCAAAUCUAGCCGGCUCUGCAGCUCAGGAAACACGGCUGCUAAGUUUAACUCCACAAAAAUAGAGCGGUAGCAGCAGAAACCAGUAGCAGCUGCGGUUGGGCCUCCUGGUCUCCAGCUCGUCCACCCACAUAGCCUUGCGCGGCGGCCUCCUUCGGCCUGAGAAGAUGCGGGGCUUCGGGGACCGAGGCCGCGACCGGGACCGCGGCGGGUUUGGCAGUCCUCUUCCUCCCAAGAAAUUUGGAAACCCAGGCGAACGGCUGCGUAAGAAGAAAUGGGACUUGAACGAGUUGCCCAAGUUUGAAAAGAACUUCUAUGUCGAACAUCCAGAAGUGGCCAGACUCACUCCAUAUGAGGUUGAUGAACUAAGAAGAAAGAAAGAGAUCACAGUUAGAGGAGCAGAUGUGUGCCCCAAGCCUGUAUUUGCCUUCCACCAGUGUAACUUCCCACAAUAUGUAAUGGAUGUCUUGAUGGAUCAGCAUUUCACAGAACCAACCCCAAUUCAGUGUCAGGGCUUCCCGUUAGCCCUCAGUGGUCGUGAUAUGGUGGGCAUUGCACAGACUGGCUCUGGGAAGACAUUGGCGUAUUUGCUACCUGCAAUUGUUCACAUCAAUCACCAGCCGUAUUUGGAAAGAGGGGAUGGUCCAAUUUGCUUAGUUCUGGCUCCUACCCGAGAACUGGCUCAGCAAGUCCAACAAGUAGCAGAUGAUUAUGGUAAAUGUUCAAGGCUGAAGAGUACCUGUAUAUAUGGAGGAGCACCCAAAGGUCCUCAAAUCAGAGACCUGGAGAGAGGUGUUGAAAUUUGUAUUGCUACGCCUGGACGUCUGAUUGACUUUCUGGAAGCAGGAAAAACCAACCUCCGCCGUUGUACAUAUCUUGUAUUGGAUGAAGCUGACCGAAUGCUGGAUAUGGGUUUUGAACCUCAAAUCCGCAAAAUUGUUGAUCAGAUACGGCCUGACAGGCAGACUCUUAUGUGGAGUGCCACUUGGCCAAAGGAGGUGCGGCAGCUGGCAGAGGACUUUUUACACGACUAUGUCCAGAUCAACGUGGGCAACUUGGAACUGAGUGCUAAUCAUAAUAUCCUGCAAAUAGUGGAUGUGUGCAUGGAGAGCGAGAAGGACCAUAAGUUGAUACAACUAAUGGAAGAAAUUAUGGCUGAAAAAGAGAACAAGACUAUCAUCUUUGUGGAGACAAAAAGACGAUGUGAUGAUCUAACUCGAAGGAUGCGUAGAGAUGGGUGGCCAGCUAUGUGUAUUCAUGGAGACAAGAGUCAGCCAGAAAGAGAUUGGGUGCUUAAUGAAUUCCGUUCUGGAAAAGCUCCUAUCCUAAUUGCUACGGAUGUUGCAUCUCGUGGGCUAGAUGUGGAAGAUGUAAAGUUUGUGAUAAACUACGACUAUCCAAACAGCUCGGAGGAUUAUGUGCACCGAAUUGGCCGUACAGCUCGUAGCACCAACAAAGGCACUGCCUACACAUUCUUCACACCUGGGAAUUUGAAACAAGCUAGAGAACUGAUCAAAGUGCUAGAGGAAGCCAACCAGGCCAUCAAUCCAAAACUGAUGCAGCUUGUGGACCAUAGAGGUGGUGGUGGAGGUGGAGGUGGUCGUUCUCGUUACCGAACCAGCAAUUCAUCCAACAACCCUAAUCUGAUGUAUCAAGAGGAAUGUGAACGAAGGCUCCGAGGUGUUAAAGAUGGCCGAAGAGACUCGGGUACCUUCAGGGACCGUGAUCGCGGUGACAGCUUUGCCAAUGGAGCCAACAAGGCCUAUGGUGGUGCAUAUGGAAGUACAAAUUCUGCCUUUGGGGCACAGCAGGGCCAAUAUGGUUAUGCCCAGGGGGCCUAUGGAGCUGCUGCUUAUGGCACAAGUGGCUAUGGGGCAGAAUAUGGUACUGCUGGUUAUGGUGGAGCCAACGCUGCCAAUGCUGGGAGAAACUCACAAAGCACCAGCCAACAGCAGUAUGCAGGGAUGGGCCGUUCAGGCCAGCAGCCACAGCCUCUCAUGUCGCAACAGUUUCCUCAGCCUCCAGGCACUAACGUGAUGGGCUAUAUGGGACAGACUGCCGGCUACCAAUAUCCACCUCCUCCCCCACCCCCGCCCCCUUCACGCAAGUGAGACCAUUUGGUUUACUGGCGCCAGUCAAGAUUUGCAAUGUAAGAACCUCCUCUUCCCUUCCUUCCCCGAUCUCACCCAUUGUGAUGUGUUCCAAUGCAGGUUAGAUGUAGAGUUCACCAUCCAAAUUCUGCCCAAGACAGUGGUCCCCAGUCCAUGUUACUGAUUUUGUUUUUAAAAUUAGAAUUGACUGGAAAACUGACUGUGUUAUAGACAUACGAAGUUUGGCCUUGCAUGCUUAAAGGAUCUGGAAUGAUUUUCUCUUUUAAAAAGAAAUGAAGGGGGAGAGACUUUGCAGGGCAGAAAUGUCCCAGCCCAAUUGUCUUUGUGUCUGAGGCUUGUGUCAGAAAACUUGCUGCAGAGAGGACAUGUUCUCCAUGCUGUGAACAUCAAGAAUUAUGGUGCUAUGCAGUGCUCCCUUCUUAACAGAAAACAAGAGUGUACUUUUUUCUCUAGAAUUAAGACUUCAUUCUUUAAAUUGAAAAUUGAACACAGGUAUUUGGAUUUGGUAUAGGUGAAUUCUGAAAGUAUAAUAUGUCUAGUUUGGCUCAGCUCAUGGUGCUCCAAACCCCCCUAUGUGUUAGACAUAUUAGGUAAUUUUGGUUAGCAUUUCUGCAGCUCUUGGAUGGUAGUAGCUGGAGGGGGAGGGUGUAAAUAUCAGGAGGGAGUCCUUUGUCUGUUGCAGUAUACUUUCAUCCCGGGCUUAACUGCAGAAAAAAUAAACUGGAUUUUUCUGUGGUUGUUAAAUUGUCACCAACUGGAUUCCACUUAAGAGAUCACAAGUGGAAUCUGGCCCCCAAGUAUCAGCUGCCGUGGUUAAAAUUGAGCUUCGGCAGAAGAUAGAAAGAGACUAAGACAGUUUCUGUUAACUUGGCAAUAUUUCUUUUAGUAAGAAGUACUUACCGGACAGGUUCAGGAUACCACAGUCCGAAAUGCAAUGGUUCAGUUUUUCUGUUUUACCUUAAAAGGUUUAUUUAGGUCCCUGUACAGGGGGAGGUGGGGCAGAGAUAGCUAAUAUGUCUUGAAGUGUCAUUCGUACCUUCAUCUGAUUUGGGCUUUGCUUUUGAGUGAGCUAUCCUUUGCACUCAGCUUUUACAGGUAGGUAGCAGCAUUCUAGGAAAUUUUAGGCAGGUAUAACACUUUUAUUCAAUCUCUUUUUUUUUUCUUUUCUCCCCAGGCUGAGAGAUUUUAGGCUGGUGGGUAGGGUGGGUUUUCUUCUAGUACUGAGGCUUAUGUGUUGUGACUAUUAGCAGAAUGGCUGUUGAUAGCUGAUCUUGUAAUGCAUCACUUGUCACAUUCAGAUAAUAUGGCAGGAGGUGACUUGCGUCCCAAUUUGAGAGGCGUAAAUAUUGUUGGCCACCUUAUUUUCUGUUUGGGGGAGUACACAGUUCAAACAAAUAAGAUUGCCCAGUUAUUUUAUAGUUAUUAGGGGCUGACUUAUAAAAACUGGCGUUGUAUUUGUGUUCCUCAAUAGCAAGCAGGAUGAGGAAUGAUAGAUCACUUAUGUGUCUGCACACAAUGUACAGGUAGGUUGUUGGCACAGUCUGUGGGAGGGAAAUAUUUGCCAGUUUAAAUUCCUCUUUUCUCAUUUGACUCGCAUCAGUCUAGGUCUGGAAAAUCAGAGAACACUUGAUGUGUCUGGCAGAAAGCGCCAAUGCAAAUGAACAUUCAUUUACUGAACUUUAAUCUGCAUUUCCUUCAUGAAAUAUAUCAUGGAGCUAUCUUUUUAGUUCACACAGAAAUUAAUCUACAGGUUUAUGGGAUGUGGGGAAACAACCUUCUGUCUUUAAAGGUAAAGGGGUUUCAGGACACUCAUAACUGCUGAGUGGUCUUUGUCUUCAGUCCCUCUGCAGAGGCAGAAUUUUAGGGUUUUUUGCAGUGCUUUAUUGUAGCUUGAAGACUGCUGCAGCCUAGAGUCUCUCAUGCUCAGCCAGAGUAUUAACCAUUGAAUGCUUCAUGGCAUGUACUGCUUCUGUCCCAUGUGGUGCUGCUUGGUUCCACAUACCAGCUAGAGAGCCCUGUUGACAAAGCAGUAAUGUCCACCAUUUUCCCAGUAAGCAUUUGUGGAAACAACAAUUCAAUAUAUCUUUUUACUGAUAAGUUACUGUGUGGGCUUUGCUUAGUGGAAAGGUUUAGAGGCUUUAUGGGUAGGAUCAGUACUCUGUUUCAACUUUGACUGGUAUUUGAACACAUUCCUGUUUUAUUAAACAAAGACUUGAAUGGAGAGAUUCGUAGCUCUGUGGUGUUCAGGCACAGUAUACUAAAAGCUAUGCUAUGAUUAGUUUAUAAAUUGUCCUUUUGAUACCAUCUUGUUUUCUUUUGUAGGUAUGAAUAAAACACUGU